AUGCUUGCCUCAUCCAUCGCGGCCUCUGCAGCGCCAAGCGCUUCUGCGACAGCAGCGGCAGCGACAGUUGCCCACAAACAAGCAUUGCUAGCGGCUCAUCGCCCUGCCUCCAUGAACAGCACGACUAGCGCACCGAAGCGUGGCCGGUCUUCAGCUGGUAUUAGUACAAAAGAACCAGACCCAAAACGGGUUAAACAAUCUCCUUCCCCUUUCGUCGGCGCUCCAGCUCGACCAGGUGCGAAUAAGCCUCCCGGGUCGCCGACUACCAGCUCGAGGUCGAGACAACGCAAAUCAAACAAACCACGGGGUUCUGUUGCGGCAUUUGGAGAGGAGGCAAGUGGUGUUCCAAACAUGCGUUCAGCUUCUCGUCCUCGACCCAAUUCGCGAGCCCAGGCAGCGCCUCUUCAGGUAAGCUGCUUUUCAGUCGAGGGCACGUCUGUGACAUCUAUUAUACCGCCACCUCCUUUGUCGAAACGACUAUUUGGUCACGAGAUUCAAUGCCUUAUGCAUGCAUUCGGAGAGGUCCGAUUUUGUGCGCGCGACGUGUUAGAGCUGACUGAAGACUCCGUGCGGGACGCUGUCAUUCGAACAGCAAUCGCCGCUCAUCAAUUCGCGACUGAGGAAACCCCGGCAGGAGAAGAAAUAGUCGUUUCCCUACGGCAUGUCGUCAGAUGCAUGUACAGCGAUUAUCGGGCCAUUGUUCGCUUACAACAAGCACUGAAGCCGGACUUGCCCAAGCUUAACAUUUCUGCGAUGGAUUUUGAAAGACUGAGCAAUGUACCACCGCCACAAUGGGACCGGUUUUCAGAGUUAGGUUUUCUAGGAUCUCUUGUCCACACGCCUGACAAAGCAUCAAACUUUCCCCCGCGUGCAGAUGUGCAGACACUGUGUGCCGGACGUUCAUUCCAUAUUUAUCGCUUGGUGAUGGGGCCCCCAAAUUUCCAAGACUGGUUAAUGUGUCGAAGUGUUUCACUCGUACGACAAGAAAGUAAAUCACGGGCUCCAGCAAUUCGGGGCCAGCCACGUAUCGAUUUGUUCAGGGAGUGGAUCGGGGUUGAGCAAAACCUGAACUUUUCUAUAUCGGAGGACGGACUUAUCGCUCUCGGACAUGUCGCAUGGGAAGCGAUUGGCCUAAUUACCCAAACCGCGUUGCUCCACCGGUACGAUAGCAUCGCGGCGAAGGGAGCAAGAGACCCUCGUGCACGUUAUUGGUCAUUUGCCAGUAACCUUGUGGAAGCGCUCAACUUUGGGAUUGGGGCGGGUAUCAUUAUUCCCCUGAGUGAAAUUCAAAUGCUGAGCGUGCGGUCAGCCCUGGAUACCCGGAUUGUCUCACUUCAAAAUUCUUCAAACAAAUGGAGAGGGUACGCAGGGGAUGUGUAUCCUGGUUUAGUUCCUCGAGAUAUUCGAGAAGCGUUGAGACGGCUGGGCAGAUCAUCAGGUUCUAGGUUGGGCUUGCGGGGCAAAUCAUUUCUACAAACGCUAAACAUUUUAUAAGUGUAUGUAUAAACGCUAUCGCUAACCUGUAAUUACAUUU